AUACUGUGGCAAUAUGGCUGCCAAAGGAGGAAGAACAAAGAAGGGUGUGCGGGGGGCCUGAGAGGAGCGACGACGGCGGCGGCGGAGGGAGGCUCCGGUCAGCUGUGAUAUCGUUAAAGACUUGCGACUGGACCUUUAGUCGUUCCCCCCAAUGGAGAGCAGACUGACUCGAACUCGUGUGUUUGCACAGGUUUGAUGAACGAGGAAAGCGCGUGCGGAAACAGUGGCAGACCUUUGCGAAAUAAACACUCACUGUCUGCUUUUCCCCACUGGAAACGUUUUUUUUUUUUUUUUUUUUAAAAAUAAAAUUUAUUUAAAACAUUGGAGAACCGAUGCGCAGCAUCAUGAAUAUAUCUGGAAAUUCUGAGGAUGUAAAGCACAGUGGAGACUGUCAAUCAGAAUUAAUCUCCAAGCUCAAACAAGAAGAGGAAGAGCCCUUGUGGGAGACAGAAAGUCAUGUGGAAGAUGUCUGUAAUGUGAAUGUCAGUACUUUGACCAACUUGAAUGAGGAAAAAGACCAUUUAGACACAACGGUGGAAUUAAAGCCAAGUUUUGCAAACUUCCAAAGCAGUGUGAUGUUAUCCACUGAAGAACAUCCUGAAAGGAGACCAUACAAGUGCUCACAGUGCUCUGAGUGUUUGAGAUCUGAUAACUGUGAAACACACCAGCAAACUUACAAAUGUGAGAAGCAAAGUUUCCAAGAAAUCCUUCCAAGUAAGAAAUAUUGUUGUUCCCACUGUUUGAAGACCUUUGCCACGCUGUCGCAUUUUAUAGUUCAUCAGCAGAUACAUAGAGGAGAACGAGGAGCGGAGAGACCUUUCAACUGCUCUCAGUGUGGAAAAAGGUUCUACAGGGAGUCGGGUCUGAAGGCACAUGAGCAGAAUCACAUGAGAGGGACAUCGCACCGCUGUGUUCAGUGUGGCAAGCUAUUCUCCAAAAAGUCUAUUUUGACAAAGCACCAGCAGACUCACACCACCAAGGAGCUGUACUGCUGCUCCACAUGUCCUCAGAAUUUUAGCUCAAAACAGUUGGAUGAGAAGCACAUGGGGCAGAGCCAUGCUGGGCAGAGGGUCUUCUGCUGUUCCCAAUGCAGGAGGAGCUUCCCCACUGAGCAUAGUCUGAAAAAACACUACCAUGAAAAGCCUCAUACUGUGGUGAAGCCUGCAAAAUGGAAAUCAUACUGCUGUUCCUACUGCAGUAAAACCUUUGCUUCACUGUCACUUUUCUUUGUACACCAGCAAAUCCACAGAGGGAAUGGCAAAGGAGGGAGGCCAUUCAGCUGCAGUCAGUGUGGGAAAACCUUUUACAGAGAGAAGGGUUUGAAAACACAUGAGCAGAAGCACGCAGAGGAGGAAGCACUCUGCUGCUCUUCCUGUGGGGAGUCCUUCACCUCAAAGUGUCUUCUCAUGAGGAAUCAGCAGACUCGCCCUAUGAGGAAACCAUCCAAGUGCUCUGAAUGUGAUAGUCAAUUUGUGGAUUUAAGACCACCUCCAUGUUAUUACUGUGGGAAGAUGUUUUCAGCAGAUCUCACACUCCAGCAGCACCUGCAAACUCAAAGAGACACAUCGGUGGAUAGGUUCUGUGUCCAUAAGCAAAGUUCUGCAGGAAAUGGUUGCUCACCAUCACCUAAAAAUGUAAAGAGAAUGAACAAAGACCUGGUGAUGGAUCACAAGACUGAGAGAAAGAACUGUAACAUUAAAGGUUCACUGCAGUUUAGUCCAUGCUUGAAAUGUACAGAGUGCCAUUACUUGGAAAAGCAAAGUGACACACAGAAGAAAACUCUGGAAGAAGGUGGACCAUCAGAAGAAAAGCCCUGCAUAGUCCUUCAGAACUUUACAAGUCCUUUGACUGACAAAGGGGAGACAUCAAUGAAACAAACCACAGACAAUUUGGCUGAAAAUGCAGGAAAACCCAACAAUCCUGACAAAAUGUCACUGAGUGAAGAAUCACAGAUGGUUUUGCAGGACAGCGGCCUUCUUGAUGGGAAUGACCCCUUUGGAGAGGGCUGCUACCAAAACGUUGUGAUCGUGGAGGAAGUGAAAGAAGAGCAGGUGGAUCACAGAGACUCAGAGUCUUUGGAAAUGAAUAAGCAUGUAUCUGAUACAAAAGACACCUCUUCUGUAGAGACUCGAAGAACAGAAAACCUGAAGAGACACCAGCAGAUUCACACCGUAGAAAUUCAUCAACCCUCAGCCUGUGGGCAGAGCUUCUUCAGCGAGAAUGCUGCUGUGCUCAACAGCCAAAGGCUCACCACAGAUGGAUUCUGCUCCCAGGAGGUAAUCGAGGGGAUAAAAACAUACCGUUGUCUCGAAUGCGGGAAACGUUUUAACUCUUCAACCCACUACAUCGUACACUUGCAGAUCCACAGAAAAGAUGGAAAGGAAGAGAGACCAUUCAGCUGCUCCCACUGUGGGAAAAGAUUCUACCGCAUUCCGGGUUUGAAAAAACAUCAGCAAAGUGGCGUGUGUCGAGGAGCGCCAUGUUCCAGCCAGUGUGGAAAAUCACAGAGCAAGACGACCCUUCUGACUGAUCAUUGUCUGGCAGCAGAGAAAGUGCAGCGAUGCUCAAAGUGCCACCAGGGUGGAGGCACCACCAUCCCUAGACCAUGUGGAGUCAAAAACCACAAGCAAAUUCAGUCGAGGGAAAACAGUAGCAGCAGAGCAGCUCAGAGGUCAUACACCUGCUCCCAUUGUGGGAAGAGCUUCAGUGUGUUGAUGGACCACAUUGUUCACCAGCAGAUCCACCGAGGAGGAGGAAGAUCCUUCAGCUGCUCCCUUUGUGGGAAAAGUUUUUACAGAGAAGGUGGUCUUAGGAAGCACCAGCAGACUCAUGGGGUACAGGGACAUACCGUGAGUGCGACGCAUGACGAUCUCCAAACAGAGGUCUCCCCCUGAGGACGGACAGCCUUCAGCCUCCUCCCACGGCAAUGCUAUGAAAACUGACUGUCCUUAUAGAGCAGCCUCACAGAGGAUGCAGACACGUCACUCAUGUCGAGUUUGUCACCAGUGAGCUGAAUGGUCAUAUGGUCAGUGCCUUGGGUUCAACAAUGUGCUCUGUUAAUAUAGAACAAUCAGUUGAAUUCCAUAUUUAACAUUUCUACACUGAGUUUUAUUACUUUGGGUAGAAAUUUGUAUUGUAUAUUGGUGUUACAGUGCAGUGUAUAAAUCUGUUAGGUAAGUGGUUUAUAGAACUUUGACCUUGAAUAUGUCAAUUUUGUUUUGCUUGGGUGUUAUGACUACCUUAGAGGGCAACCUCUUAAUAAAAACUCCUUUUAAUUAU